AUGAAAAUGAUUGAAAGCCCUUGUCAAACUUUAUAGAGAUUAAAUAAUCUCUUUGCUUAUUUGGAGAAUAACACUUAUUAGAGCAAUCAUAUAGCUUUAUCCAAACUAAACUUCUAGAGAUUCAAAAAGUUUCCCAUUCCUUAGCCAUUUAUUGAUCAUGAGGUGGAAUACUUGUCAGCUGUUAAAUAAUAACCUAAAUAAAACUUAUAAAACAAACCAGAUAUUGUACUUCCAGAUACAACAAAAAAUGUAGAAUCAUUAAAGGAGUUUACUUUAUAUGUUUAAAAUAUAAAGCAAUUAAGGAAAUAGAGAAAGUUUGGGAAGGUAGAUCAAAAUAAAAGUGCCAUCAAUUUCAGAGUGAAAAAAGAAAGUGUGUUACCGAGAUCGCCUAAAUUGAUCAGACAAAAUUCCAUUCAUCAAACUGGCUAUUUGGGAAAGAAGAAAAACACCAAAGUUGAGGUUCCUAGUCCAAGACCAAAUAAAACACAACAGUGGUCAAAAGAAUUAUUUUAAAAAUUAGAAAAUGAUUAGGUGAGAGGAAUUAUAGCUAAACAAAGCAAGAAUGAAUAAUAAGUUUGGAAUAUGUAUCAUAAGAAGAAUUAUGAAAAGUAAUCUAAACACAUAUUGAUUUUAUAGAAGACUAUUUGA